AUGUCGCAAGCAGUUUACUUCAGCCACUUCCUGGUCACCAACCAGGUGUUCUACCGAACACGCUACUCAUACGCGCUGGUUAACCUCAAGCCCCUCGUGCCGGGCCAUGUGCUUAUCGCACCCCUCCGCCCUACGUGCGUGCGUCUGCGCGACCUCACCCCUGAAGAGCAUUCGGACUACUUCCAGACGCUGCAAGUUGUGCACCAGUUCAUUCAGGCCGAGUUCAAGGCAGCGGCGCUGAACAUCGCGAUUCAGGACGGCCCAGAGGCAGGCCAGACCGUCCCGCAUCUCCACACGCACCUGAUUCCCCGCUACGCGGACAACAACAUCGGCGAUGCGAUCUACGACCACCUCGACCGCUGGUCUUUCGAGGACCAGCUCGCCGACUGGCAGCGCCGUAGGGCCGCGUACUGCGGCGAUGAGGCCGCCCGGCGCGAGCUCGCGAAGCCCGACGACGUGCGCAAGCCCCGCACCGCAGACGACAUGACCGCCGAGGCCCGCGCGCUCAGCGCCGGCCUCCAGUCGUUUCUCGCCGACCACCCGGCGCUCGCUCCAAAAUAG